AGCAUGAAUAUCAUGUCAGUCAUGUCUGGACUGGAUAUCAGAGAAGUUACUGUGUAUGUUUUUAAUGUGAGUACCUCAGUACUUGCAAAAGCAGGGUCUGUGCUCUGCAGGAUCUGAGGGUUCUGACCACCCCCCUGUGAGGGCUGUGUGAGUCUGAGAGCUGAGAUUCACCAACCUUGAGCACAGCUGAGGAAAUGGGGUGCAUUCGAACAUGCACCAGAAAUUGUAUUUCCUAGACCUGCUAAACAAAUCUGUUUCCCAACCCAGUUUUAUUCAGUGGUAUAGAGCCAUUGUCAAGAGCAUUCUCACGGCUUCUAUAACUGUUCAGUCAUGCAUCUGUCCCUUCUGGAGGAAAACUGCAACACAUUUUCUGCUGUGCAGAGAGAGUGAGCAGCUGCCAUGUGCCAUCUGUUGAAGGUCUGUAUAAACUCAGACUAAGGAAGUGAGCAAAAAAGACUGUCCAUGCCUUCUCUCAUUCAGGACAACCCCUCUGGGUCCACAUUUGCCUCCGGGAGACGCUACCAAAACCAAAACUGCUCAACAACUGAAUGGCUAAUUCCUCAUGGCCCUCACUCUGCUUCACCAGAACACGUGCAUACGGAUGUAGUGUGUUUAUAACUGUGGACCUGUGUAUGUUCUUUGUGUGGAGUGAAUAUGUAUUAUUGAUUGUUUCCAUGUUUUUGCACCAAACUGCCAGAUUAAAUUCCUUAUAUAUGUAAUUUACUUGGCAAAUGAAGUGAUAACUGAUUUGAAAACCCUCAAAGGGCACCGACAAAAGUCUACCCAACAGUGAAACACAACCCAGAGGACACAAGUGGAAAAUAAAGAAGUGAUAUCUUAAACUGAGAACAAUGCCUUUACACAAAAGGUGGUGGGAGUCUGGAAAGAGCUAGCUGGAUUUGUUUGUGGUGGCUGCUAGCCUGGCUUGUUUUAAGAAACGGCUGGACGAGAUCCUCUGAUCAGUUAGUUAGUUAAUGCCAAUAAUCCACAGCGCAAUUCUAGAACCGCUUCCUGUUAGAAGCGUAUUGUGGGCUACCACAAAGGCUAUUGUGAUGUGUAGCGCUAUUGGCCAGCGCCCCUGCGGUCACACUUGUCUGCGGAACACCUGCCUGCCAGUUUUCGAACGAUCCCCACCUACUGGACCCGAAAACAAAGAGACAAAUGAUUGUUUUGAUGGUCACUGGCCUGUCUCCCGAGCCUCGCUCAAACCCGCUGACGCACAGAUUCGCUCCGCAGUUCUCCGGUGGCGCGCAGAAAGGAUGACACGGAACGGUUGACAAGUUAAAACAUUCAAGGAGGCCGUAUCCUAGUGGAGAUGUCCUGGAGCGACACGUUCUUCCCGGCCAACCCCAGGCGCCGCGAGGAGGUCGUCCGCUUAAGCCGGGAGCUGCUCACCCUGAUGGAGGGAAACUUCAGGGCCACCAGCUGGCUGGCGGGGCUCCUGAACCAGGAGCUCAAGAUCUCCGUCGAUCAGCACAAGAGCGUCAAGGAGAACUGCGAGGCGCUUAUCGCCGCCAUCGCCGGCAUCCAGAGCGAGGUGGCCAGGAUUGACGAGCGGCUGAGGGACAAACUGGAACCCGCGCUCUACCGCAGGCUUCACAAUCUGACCGUUCCCAUUUCCGAGCGCGUCAAGGUGGCGAGCAAGGUUUUCAGCAGCGCGUUCGGGAUCCUGAGGACUGGCGCGGCCGCCGUCCCGCUGAUCAGCAAGGGGGCGGUGCUCAGCCGGAUGGUGGCCAGCCUGGGCCGGAUCGGCAGCAGUGUUGUGUCCACGGUGGCCCUGGGCGUGCUGGGGCUGGGCGUGGACAUGCUCGUCAGCGCCAUCCUGGGAGCCGUGGAGCGAGACAACCUGGAGCGAGUCAUCCAAGAGUAUAGGGAGGCGCUGGCGGAUUUCAGACCUGCCUCGGAACAGUAUCAGGCUAACAUCACGGACGUCAUAGCAACGGUCAAAGCCAUGCAGGGGUAACAACUAGUACUACAGAGGAGGGGUACCUAGCAUUUGGCACCUGACCCAAAGUUGUUGCCCUCAACCCCUCUUCCCAAGAUAAGUUGGCUUUCACUUGUGCAGACACAUCCCUCUAUUUGAGUUAUCUCUGCUCUUUAUGACUAAAACCUUAUUUUAGGACUUUCUUUGCUUAAAUCCAGUUUAAUUUACUGCAUAACAAUUCUUAAUUUAAGUGUGGUAAUUCUGUUUUUUUAUUUUUACAGAUUUAUUACAUCAUAAUUAGAUAGUGUGUGUUUUAGACGAUUGGAUCUAAGAUGAUUUUUAAUGUUUUAAAAAUGAACUCCCAAAGUUUACUGAACUUGAACUUUAUUGCCAUAUGUAACCGGUA